GCCUGCCUGCGUGGCUCAAGACACUGGAGAUAGUAGUCUCCUCCUCUCCUGCUCCCUGGCUCCGGCUGUGCAAUCUAUAAAAUGCCUGGACAUCCUGCCGUUGCGAGAGUAUCUCACAAUCAGAGAGAAACACAGAUUUUCACGUUAUAUCACCGGGCGACUGGAACAGAAACGAAAAGAACCGACUGACCUAUUGGUAGUCUGCGGGAGCGACCUUGAACUGUUCAACACCGCUUACACCCGACCCCAGAGCUGACAUUGGACGUCCUAAAACCAUGGGCUUAAUAAAAACUGCCAUGAUUGCCGGCGUCGGCAUCUACGCCGUGAACAAGAUCACCAAAUCAGCCGAAAACCGACGCACAAACCCUGCACCAGCUGCUGCCGCACAGGACAGCGCCUCGCGUCAGCGAUACUUCGACGCGCCUCCUUGCUAUUACUCCGACCCUUACCAGGCAGGACAGACGCAACAGCAACGACAACAGUAUCAGCCGCAAGAAAAGGUCUUGCCAUUGGAGUUCACCGAGCGACGUGGUCAACACCAAGAAAAGCAGCAGCUCCAGCACCAGCAGCAAGGCCAAGCUCAAGUCCUGUUGACAAAUAACAGCGCCUACUCGCCCUUGCCACACGGCUACAACCACCAGGCCGCAUACGGCUAUGAUUCAGACCUGCGAACAGCCCCGGAACCUGCAGACAUGUACGCCGGCAGCGCGCCGCCCUCGCACUACGACGAUUGGCGACAACGGCGCCCGCACGGCUUCGUCGAGCCGGACGAGGUCUCCAACUCAACCUUUGAUGGGCGGAGCAGACGCGGGAAUACGAGGGGGACAGGGCUAUUCGAUACAUUGGCUCAGCAGGUCGAGAACAUCAGGGAUGGCAAAGGCAAGGAUCUUGUUGGUAAACUGCUCUCCAGAUGAUCUUCAGGUCUAGGGAUGAAAUCGGACGAACAGAUAAGAUGAGGAUGCAGACAAUUUUCCGGGAUAUCGCGAUGGUAUGGGCCUCUGACAGGACGCUGGAUGGCGGUUUCCUCCCUGGUCAAAAUGCGGGUUAGACUGCAUUGAGCGGCGUUUUGCUUGAGAUUUCGCGUUUAUAUUCGCGUCAAAUACGAAGAUAUGAGGAUCAUGAAAGCCAACUGGUCCGUUACA